UUCUCGCGUGUUAUCCCCCUUGCAAUUAAGUGCAACGAUAAGAAAGAUGUGGACCGUCCUGAUCGCUGGAUUUUGCACGGUUGCUGCCACUGUUGCACAGGAUUACGAGGUCUCUGACAUUCAGUGCAGCGGCGCAGGAUCAGCGGCAGAUCUGCUGACAGCGAAGAUCAAAAGGCCAGUUGGAUUUAGAGGUGCGCCGCUCUUUGCCGACGACAGAUCCGCCAAUCCUCUCACCGACAUUCACUGCCAGAUCAGGCCAGAUCCCAACGAUCCUCAGGAAGAUAACUACUUCCUUAAGGUGACUGACUUCACCAGAUGCGGCAUCCUGAAGAGAAACGGUUUCAUUCACCUGCGAAUAUGGUUCCCGGCGUUCCCUGGUGUUGUAAUGCUGGCUGAUCAAGAAUUGAUCCUGAUGUGUCGUCCACCUGAACCAACGUUACUCCGACACAAAGCUGCUGGUUUUGCUGGAACCUUUCCGCAUGGAGCGAGGGUGUCAGGAGUGGUCGAAGAGACACCGGGUCGUCUGGAAUACGAAGUAGCCCUUUAUCGGGAGGCUACAGGCAAUGUAUCAGAUGCAUCGGGAUCGCAAACGGUCGAUCAAGCGGUUCCCAUCGGUACAAAGCUUCAGCUGAGAGCUCGAAUCAGCCCGGACAGCGCAUGGGGAUACAUUAAGCUGUUGGAGGUGACCGUUAGCCCCGAUCCCGAUCAACCUCACGCACCAGGAAGUGUCGUCCUGGUGAAGGACGGCUGCAGAAAUCGGGAUUUCGCGUCGAUAAUUCCUCAUCAACCGGCUCGUUACAGGGAAAGAAAGAACGAGGUUUUCUUGGAUUUCGAGGCAUUUCUCCUCAGCUCCAUGAGGGAAAGAUCCACUCUAUGGAUCCAUUCUCAGAUCAAGGCAUGCAUGGAACCACAGGACUGUCAACCGGAUUUUUGUCUGGAUCUGUUCGAGCCAUCGGGACACGGGAAGAGAAGAAAAAGAUUUUUAGAAGAAACAUCGAACGAUUUUCUUCCCAGGGUCGAACGUUUAAUAAAAGAGUACAACGAUUCGACCCCUUACACGAAAUUUAAAGAAAACAUCGAGUACACGGUGAUGAUGCCCGAUGAAUUGUAUCAAAAAGUGGCUGCUGGAUUGGACAACAGUUGCGGUAGUUUCCUUUACGUCGCGACCGGUUUAGGUGCGCUUUUAGUACUAUCAGCUCUUAUCAUGUGCUACCUGGCUACACGUCUUCACAAUAUAUCAACGACAAUACCACAGAACAAAACGAUCGACGAGUUGAUACGAGAUCGUGCUAGGAAAUAUUCUGAAACGACGCCCGGUUAUACUGGCCGAUCAACGGUGCAAUAGUAAAUUAUCGCGGACGCUGCGCAUUAUUACGCUCAAUCAAAAUGAUCCAGCAGGUCUAGCAUAGCUAAACGAGAU